AUGCAACAAGCAAAAUGCCCAUUUUUACGUGAUGUCGAUUGGAUCCUGACAACUUCUUUCUCAAGUCAAUUACGAGGUCGAACAUUUUCCCGCGUAAUCUUCUCCUCAUUAUCUAUCUGUCUGUCUGUCUGUCUGUCUGUCUGUCUACCUAUCUAUCUAUCUAUCUAUCUAUCUAUCUAUUAUAUGAUAAUAUAUUUAGAUUCAUUCCAUCUAUCUAUCUAUCUAUCUAUCUAUCUAUCUAUCUAUCUAUCUAUCUUAGUCUGUUCAUAUCUAUCUAUCUAUCUAUCUAUCUAUCUAUCUAUCUACUUAUAUCUUCCCCUAUCAUCUGUUUACUCGUUUUUUUUCUUUCUUUUUCUUUCUUUCUUUCUUUCUUUCUUUCUUUCUUUCUUUCUAUUUUUCUUCACUGGAGUUUGUCCUGUUCUUUCUUUCUUUGUGGAAUGUUUAAUAUAUGUUUUCUUUCUUUCUGAAAUGUUUCUUUUUUCUUGCUUUUUACUCCCUUUCAUUUAUUCUUUCUUUCUUUCUUUCUUUCUUUCUUUCUUUCUUUCUUUCUUUCUUUCUUUCUUAUCAUUACUAAUUGGAAAUUUACCUUGUAUAUAUCUUAAUUUCUUUCUUUUUUUCUUUCUUCGUUCUUUCCUACCAUUCUUUCUUCAUUUCUUUCUUAAAUGUCCUUUUUUUCUUGCUUUUACUCCCUUUCUUUCUUUCUUUUUUAUCAUUACUAACUGGAAAUGUGUUUUGUAUAUAUUUAAUUUCUUUCCUUCUUUCUUUCUUUCUUUAUUCCUUAAAUGUCCUUUUUUCUUACUUUUUACUCUCUUUCAUUCUUUCUUUCUUUACCAUUCUUUCUUUCUUUCUUUCUUUCUUUCUUUGUGUAAUGUUCUUUAUUCUUGCUUUGUACUCAUUUUCUUUAUUUCUUUUUCUUUCUUUCUUUUUUCUAUCUUUCUUCACGUUAUUAUUUGA